GUCUGGAAAUAUAUGGCAUAUUUUAUCUUGUACAUUCUCAACCAUCGCCAGAAAAUGUUCUUAGGAAGUGCAGAAAGUUGAUUCCAGUGGAUACAAAGGAUUUUCUUGGAUCUGACAAACUGCUUGUCCUCCACAUAGAGCAUGACAAUGUUACCAUAGAUGAGAGUUCAUUUUACUGGUACCAUCCCAGUAAUGGACAAGCUGAAAACUGUGAAGUGAACAUUGUUGAUGAUAGUCAUUUACCGGAUGAAAUGAUGACAUUUCGCAUCAAAGCUAAUCUGCUUCUGCAAUUUGACUAUAUGAAACCGAAAGAUGCACUUGAAUCCCUUUCUGUUGAAAUUGAAGAACUUUGCGAUAAAAUCGCUUCUCCAUCAUCAGCAUAUCACAUAGAGAACAGUAGUCUGGUCAUGAAAUGUGAUCAUAGUGUGGAUGAUGUGACAGUCACUGAGAUGUCCAGAGAAACACCAUGUGAGAGAAUAUUAGAACAUAUCUAUUUGGAAGAAGAUGAUGACUUUGAUACUAUUGUGAAAGCAAAAGGAGGGAAAAAGAAGGGCAAGAAUAGAUCCAAGGCAUCUGUG